AUGGCUGUGAGUGAUGACGAUGCAUCUGAUCAGAUUGAAAAUGAUGUUGAAGAGGACGACAAGGGGUUUCGAAACCAUGAGUUAUGUUAUGACUGUGAAGAUGAUUGCGUUGGCAGACAUGAAGACUGUUCAGAGGAUGACAAGGUUGAGCAGACCGACAUUCCUGAUUGCAAUCAUGCAGAUGGCGGUAGAGGUCAUACCACAACUGUUGUGUUAGAAGAGGUUGAGUUGGACGACCAUUGCAGAACCGUUGAAUUAGAAGAUGUUGAGGGUGUGGACCCUAUUUACGAGAACGCCAUCGCACUUGAGAACAACUUGAGUUCGCCUGAUGAUAGUGAUCAAGAGAGGGUAAAUACAAGGGCUGAAUUGAAACGAGCUUUGAGCAUGUUGGCACUAAAAGAGCAUUUUGAGUUUAGAGUUAAAACGUCAUGUCAAGCUCGUUUUGAGGUUGGUUGUAAGGAUAAGGCAUGCAAGUUUGCUUUGCGUGCAACGAAGUUGCUUAAGGGAGAAUAUUGGCAUGUUUGGAUGUUGCAUAAGGUACACACGUGUACUGUCGAUGGUUUGCAAUGUGGGUAUCGAACUGCGAGCGCGAGGGUAAUUGAUGAGCUUAUAUCCAGCAGGGUGCAAGGAAAUUGUGUAACCCCAUUGAGACCAAAGGAAAUAAUGGAAGAGAUGAAUCGCAAGUGGGGAUUGCAAUGCCUAUAUGGUAAGGCCUUGCAAGCGAAGGAGUACGCGGAGAGUCUUAUGUUCGGUCUGCUAGAAGAGUUAUUCCAGCUCCUCCCCUCGUAUUUCCAUAUGUUGGAACGUGAAAAUCCCAGUACUGUGACGUGUGUCACUACUGAUGGGGAACAACGAUUCAAAUAUUGUUUUUGGGGGUUCGGGUCAUGUAUUCGAGGGUUCAAUGCUAUAUAUCCACUUGCAUUUGGCAUUGGCCACGUCGAAGAUGAAGAGUCUUGGUCGUGGUUUCUUAACCAAUUGCGUCGUGCGAUUGAUUAUCUUGAAAAUGCAAUAUUCAUUUCUGAUCAACAUCUUGGCAUUAAGAAUGCAGUUGAGAAAGUGUACAAGGACGCUCAUUACGCGAUUUUCACCAUGGCCACCAACUACUAUAGGGUCACCGAUUUUGACAAACAUAUGAAUAAGCUGAAACAGCUUUGCAGACCUGCUUAUGACAGCCUCAUGAGAUUAGGCCUUGAAAGAUGGGCACGUGCACGGUCACUAGUAAGGCGAUACAAGCUAAUGACAUCCAACAGUGCGAAGUGUAUUAACUCCUGCCUGAGACAGUUUAAUGAAGCAUGUCACUUUUCCGUACAAGCAAUCGAUUGGGUGGAGUUUCAAGUUAUAGGUGGGAGUAAGGACAGAGUCAUGAACCUCUCCACCAAGGAGUGUUCAUGCGGUGAGUUCCAGUUUGAUCUACUCCCCUGCACGUAUGCCGUGGCCGCAAUAAGUGCGUGCAAACAUUCAGCCAUUGAAUUCUGCUUGGACUAUUACAAGACUCGGUCUUGGGCGGAGGGAUAUGUGAUUCCCAUUCGCCCUGUUAGGCAUCCCAGUGAGUGGGACAUCCCCGAUGACAUUCAACAAAAUGUCUUUUUGCCACCAAGUUGGCGAGGUCAAGUAGGAAGACCUAGGAGGAAAAGGAUUCCAUAA